UUUCGGGGGGCCUAUUAGAAAUUAGUCUCUCUCUCUCUCUCUCUCCCGGGUUCUGGAGACAUCUGGAAAGACAACGGAAGAAUAUACAUACACACACUAUACGGUGCCCUUUUUAAAGUAACUUCCACACAGCUCUCUAUCUAUAUUAUUCUCUCUCUCUCUCUCUACCACCACCUAACAGAAUUUUCGCUGAUUUUUUCUCUCACUUGAAGAAGAACGCAGUUCAUUAGGGCUUUCGUGGUUUUGAUUUCCCCCCUCUUAACCUGAUUUUUUCUAGGGUUCUCGGGGUGUAUUUGAGAAUCAGGAGCUAUGGAGAGCUAUUUGCCGUUGAAAUUGAAAAGGAAAGACCUAGAAGAUGUCAACGAUGAUUUCUCCGACUUUUCCCUCUCUUCUCCCGCCAGAAAAAUCCGACGUCUGGAUGCUGAAUUGCCGCCUAUAAUAGAGGAAGAAGAAUCUGAGGUUCCUAUCUCGUUGGAUUACUCCAUGCCACAUGAACAGAGCUUCGGUUUCCGUAAUUCAUCGAGCGGUGUUAAGAUUGAAGAAUUACCGAGCAAUGAUGAAAGGGCGAUUGUGUUGUUUAAACCAAACAGCCCCAAUCCACUCCUGCAUUAUCCUUCCAAUUUCUCAGUGUCCGUCAAUCCUAAUUUCAUCUCUGUGUUCAACAAUCAAGUCCUGCAGUCUGGUCCAUCAAACUCUUGGAAACUAGUUGAUGUCGAGGAGGCGGAGGAUAACAACUCCAGUUCUGGUGACAGGUGUCUAGCUGUUGUUCCGUGGGUCCCAUCACAGCUCUCUUCCUCACAAGGAACCGUCUCGCCUUCUCAAAUCGAUAACUCUGAGUGUGAGAUGAUGGACGUUCAAGACAUGGAAGAAACGACAAUGGAGGUGGAAGAUGCGACUGGUAUUGACCAAAGGAAUGCUAAUGGAGGCGGUGGGAUGAGUAUAAACGAAGGCUUCCAUCAAUGGCAGCAGCACUGCUUUGUUCCACACCCUCCCCAAAACACUACCGCACCAAUUGUUUGGUACCCAUAAUGGCUUAAUUUACCGUCUCGGGGUAUUGUAAUUAGUGCGUAGUUAGAAUUUUGUGUUAGUUGCUGCCGUUUCGAACUGUGUUCGAUAGGUUUUACUGUUGAGGGAGUUUGUCUGUAAGGGCGAAACGGCUUAUCCUAGCAAUUCAAGUUUAGCAUCGUGUAAGCAGCGUUUGUGGAUCCGAUCGAUCGCCUUUCUCUGUGGCCACUGGCCGGAGUAAAUGAUUGUCCUAAUCUUCCGACUUGAGACUCCUUGAAAUUUUGUGAGCAAA